CAAGGCCCUAAUUUUCUUUUCUUUUUUAUAAUGUUAACUUUGACAAGGCCCUAACUUUUCCUGCAAGAACCCUGUACUCGAGAGUUUCUCCAUCUGCAAUCCACUUUUUCUCAAACCUUAAAUUAAUGGAUGUCUCUCACCUCCAUAACAUCCAGUACAAGACAAGACCUUAAUUUUUCAUGUAAAAACCCCUGUAUUUCACAUCUCUCUCUACAGCCCACUCUUUCUCAAAGCCCUAAAUUGAUGGAUAUCUCUCACCUCCAUAACGCCUUCUAUAGUACCCUAACUUUCCCUGUAAAAAUGCCUGUAUUUCACAGUCUCUCCCUCUGCAAUCCACUUCUCUUCAAAACCAUAACAGCAUCCAACCCUCCAUUAAACCCUAAUACGACUAGGGUUCCUGUGGAUCUCCAAUCUGAAAUACUAAGAGCCCUAUAAUGGAAAUCCGUUUGCUUACAGCUCUCAGCUUUCACCUCCACAACCAUGGCUAUGAACCUUUCAAAAAAUGGGUGGCUGAUCCUUCCCGGAGUUUCAUGGCCUCAGUCCAGAAUUUGAAAUUAUGGAGUCCAACGGUCAAAUUAACACUCGCCAUUUUUGCUACCGCUUUAUCAACAAUAUAUAUGUGGAGGAAGCAUUUGAAAGUUGUAAAGAACCGAGUGCAGGAGUUGGAAAAAAGUCUGAAUGCUGCUUUAGAAAAAUGUGCUUCUGAAAGGAAAGGCAGAAUUCGAGCUCAACAGGCUCUAAGGAAAGCAUUGAGUGGGCAUAACUCUGAUAAAUCAGGUUUCACCUCAUACCCCAUGACCCCUAUAGCUACUGUGCAAUCCUGCUUCUCUACUAGAAAUGGGACACCACGACAACCACUUCUCAUACCUCUUGCUCGGGCAUGCUUAGUACUUGAUCCAAGUCAAAUUCCUCCAGCCACUCUUGAAGGCCUUUCAGGAUUCUCUCACUGUUGGAUCCUUUAUGUCUUUCAUUUAAACACUGACCUUGAGAAGUUGUGGGGGAAGCCAACAAAUUCAAAGUUUAAGGCUAAGGUGAGAGUGCCACGGCUCAAAGGCGGUAAGAUGGGCGUAUUUGCAACAAGAUCUCCACAUAGACCUUGCCCUAUUGGUCUCACUGUUGCAAAGAUAGAGGGGGUGCAUGGAUGUAUGGUCUCACUUUCUGGUGUAGAUCUUGUUGAUGGCACGCCAGUACUUGACAUCAAGCCAUAUUUACCAUAUUCUGAUAGCAUCAAGGGAGCAACUGUCCCAGAGUGGUUAGAGGAAGAAUGCAAUGCUAAAGCAUUAGCUGUCUCAACUGUCGACUUCUCGCCCAGUUUCUUUGAAAGUCUUUCUCUUUGCUGGGCAACAAUGGAGAAACAAUCUUUCUACUCCUCUCCAAGUGAGCUCCAAUGCUUGAUUGAGCAGGUUCUUUCAUGGGACAUAAGAUCAUUCUCUCAACAAAAUCGGCCCCAUACUUCGACUGUCAUAGAAGGAGAUGGUGAAUCUGAGACUCAAGAAAUCUCACUUUGUUCUGAUCGAGAUGUCGCAUAUCAUCUGAUACUGGAAGGUAUCGAUGUGUCGUAUAGGAUUGACGUUGACCUGAAUGUCAUGGUAGAGAAAGCUGCAGUGUCGUUCAAUAUCGAGAGGGUCACCAGCAACCGUUGCAGUCAUAUGAUGUGGGGAGAUAUACAGGGAAUCUCAUAAGUUGAUUGAUAUGCGAUUGUGACCUUAAAUUUUGCCAAUGUUAGACAUUGCUAAUGUUGUGAUCGUCACUAAUGAAAUUUUGGCAGGAUCUUCUGUCUUCGCUACUUUUCAUUUUAA